AUGGAUUUGGGGGAUGUUGCUUCCGCCAAGAAGAAAAGGGUGGUCGUCAUUGGUGGCGGAAUUGCCGGCGCUGUUGCCGCCAAGAACCUUCAAGACCACGCUGACGUUUUCCUCAUUGAUCAGAAGGAAUACUUUGAAAUCACUUGGGCAAGUUUGAGGGCAAGGGUUGAACCAGCCUUUGCAAAAAGAUCUAUUGUAAAUCAUGUAGAAUACCUACCAAAUGCACACGUUAUAACGACCCCAGCAGUUGAUGUCACACCCAAUGAAGUCUUGACUGCAGAAGGCCGGUUGAUUGCCUAUGAUUAUCUUGUUAUUGCCACCGGCCAUGUCGAAGACGGGCCCUCCACCAAGGAUGAUAAGCUUAGUUACUACCAAGAAGAGCAUUCCAAGAUUAGGUCUGCUAACUCAAUCUUGAUAGUUGGUGGGGGGCCAACUGGUGUAGAACUUGCUGCUGAGAUUGCUGUCGACUUUCCGGGUAAAAAGGUGACUCUGGUUCAUCGUGGAUCCAGGCUGCUAGAGUUUAUUGGAGAAAAGGCAAGCCGAAAGGCCCUAGAUUGGUUAGUUUCAAAAAAUGUUGAAGUCGUUCUUGGGCAAUCAGUUGACUUAAAUGGUGUUGUAGAUGGUGUUUAUCAUACUUCUGCUGGAGAAACCAUUAAAGCUGAUUGCCACUUUCUUUGCACGGGCAUCCCAAUUGCUUCUUCCUGGCUGCGAAAUACUCUGUUCUCAGAAAGCUUGGAUGCUAAGGGAAGGUUGAUGGUUGAUUUGAACUUGAGGGUCAAGGGUCAUAAAAAUGUUUUCGCUAUUGGAGAUAUUACUGAUAUUCCUGAAUUAAAACAAGGAUACCUAGCUGAGCAGCACGCGUUUGUGGCUGCCAAGAAUGUGGGGCUGUUAAUAAGUGGUGGAAACGAGAACAGAAUGGAAAAAUAUAAGGCAGCUUCAGGAGUAUUAGCGAUUGUUUCACUGGGGAGAAAAGACGCAGUGGCUCAAUUUUAUUGUGUAACCAUAGUGGGUCGCGUGCCUGGCUUGAUCAAAUCUGGGGAUUUAUUCGUGGGGAAGACUAGAAAGCUAAUAGGUCUUAGCUCUGAUAUUUAG